AUGGCUACUAACGAUGUGGAAGUAGUGGAAGUGGAAAGGCCUACAAAGCAAAAACGUAGGAGUUGGAGGAAAAGGGAGGAGGAUGCACUAAUGAAGUGCAUGCUCACUAAAGCGGCAGAGAGGUGGAAGGCCGAUAAUGGCUUCAAAACGGGUUACUUCACCCAUUUGGAGAAGGAGUUAGAGAAAGUGCUCUCGGGUUGCAACCUUAAGGCAAACCCCCACAUUGACUCCAAGGUGAGGUAUUGGAAAUGCGUAUGGGCUAGAAUUGUAGACAUUACAAACCUAAGUGGAUACGGGUGGGAUGCGGUCAACAAACGCAUCAACGUGGACCAAGUCGUAUGGGAUGCGUAUGAAAAGGCCAAUCCUAAAAAGGCCCAAGGCUUGUAUGGGAAGUCUUUCCCGUACUUUGAAGAUUGGCAAACCAUAUUUGGCAAGGAUAGGGCUACGGGGGCAGCCGCCAAAGAUUAUGACGAAAUGGCGCGGUCGGAUAUUCCCAAUGAAAGUGUGGAGCCACACAACUCCAAUGACUUUUAUGAUGCCCUAUUCGAUAACUACGAUCAACAUCUCCCCAAUAGUCCUACAACUCCCGUAACUCCUACAACUCCGGUAACUCCCACACCUCAUUCGUCACUCCCCACGUCCACUCCCCAUGGGUCAAUGCCGGAGUCCCAAACAAGAGAAAAAGGACAAGAAUGGGUGAUGCAGAGUUGUCCAUUCAUGCAAGCAUGGACAAUUUCUUCAAAUUAA